AUGCCUCGAGGAAAGUGGAUUGACAAGAAGACGGCCCAGCACUUCACGCUGGUCCACCGACCGCAAAAUGACCCUCUCAUCCACGACGAGAAUGCCCCGGCCAUGGUCCUAAAUCCAACCCAACCAAAGCCUGGAUCGUCAAAAGUCAAACACCUUGAUGAUUUGGCAUCAGAAUUUGGCUCUGAUGCCGCUGCAAUUCGAGCUAACGAAGGCGAAGCUGCCAACUACGGCGUGUACUUCGACGAUACCGAAUAUGAUUACAUGCAACAUUUGCGAGAUCUGAACUCUGCCCCCAGCGGUGAGGUCGUCUUCAUUGAUGCCAACACCAAAACCAAGGGCAAGCAAAAGGAGUCACUGGAAGAUGCUUUGAAAAAGAUGGACCUGGAACAAAAGUCUGGCGACUUAUUCGACGACGGAAUGCUUCCCUCGAAAAACCUCACCAGAGUCACCUACCAGGCGCAACAAGACGUCCCCGAUUCUAUCCGUGGAUUCCAGCCCGACAUGGACCCUAGAUUAAGGGAAGUCCUUGAAGCCUUGGAAGACGAAGCAUACGUUGAUGACGAAGACGACGACGUCUUCAAGAACCUUACCAAGGACGGCCAGGAGCUACGUGACGACGAAUUCGAUGGUGACUUCUUCGACGAAGAUGACGAAGGCUGGGAGUCAGACGAUACUGCCAAGCCCACAAAGGAGUACAACGAGGCGGUACCGGAUCUUGUUGCAGUUCCAGAGCAACCUGAGGUUGGGCCAUCGCAAGACUGGAUGGAGGAUUUUAAGCAAUUCAAAAAGGAGCAGAAAUCCGGCAAGCCGCGCGCUGCGCCAUCUCAAUCAGAACUCCAGUCCACAUGGACCACUACCACCAACGGCGGCAAGAAAAAGAAGAGAAAGGGGGCAUUGACAGAUGCCUCCAGCUAUUCCAUGACGUCGUCGUCACUCUUCCGAACAGAGCAAAUGACCUUUUUGGAUGCCAGAUUUGACAAAGUUGAAGAGUCGUAUCUCGAGGACCCUGAAGAUGACAUGGCGUCCAUGUCUCAAGCAUCGACUUCCAGUGUUGUCGGGCCCACGAGAAGGGAUUUCGACGGAAUUUUGGAUGAUUUUCUGGGAAGCUAUACGAAGCCUGGGAAGAGAACAUCGAAGAAGUCUAAAGCACAAACUGGUCUAGAGCAGUUGGAAGAGAUUCGGAGAGAAUUGGGUCCGCCGCGCAUUCGUGGCAGAAAUGUUGGUAAAUAG